AUGUGCGAAGAUGGUACUGAACAGGGCUCUUUCAACAGCCUCAUUGGAAAGCCUUCUGUGCUUGCAGGUUGCAGCCACCAGCACUUUGUGAGCCCAUGCCCUCGAGACAGAGAGCAAACUCUCUACUGUGCCUUGGUGCGCCCACAUCUGGAGUACUGCUGUGUGAUUUGGUCCCCACAUCAGAAAUAUUUGAUUGAGGAUCUGGAGAGGGUCCAGAGGCGAUUUCUCAGGCUGGUAGGGCUAAGGUUGGGCUAUGGAUACCUAGAGGUCUCUACACGCGAAGUAGCAUCCCUUCUCCAACUACCCGCUCUUGAAACAAGGUGCUUCUACCAUGAUGCAAUAUUCUUGUUCCGCCUCGUUAACUCUACUGUGGACUGUCCUGAGCUGCUGGAGAGGAUUUGCUUCCGGGUUCCUGCUGGUACUAGAUCCCAAUAUCUAUUUGCUAGAUCCUCUGUUUCCUCAUCAUACUUGGCCAACUCUACGAUGCGGAGAAUUCAGCUUCAUGGAAACCUUCUUCCUAACCACAUGGAUUUCUUCGCUUCCUCAUUCCUAACCUUCAAACGGAAUCUCAAGACAUUUAUCAACCUGCAACACACUGAAACCUCUUAA